UCUAAAGUCAUGUAUUAUCUUGUAUCGUAUAUUAAUUAGCACGCAAUAGUAUGUGUGGCGAUUGGUUCGGCGCGAACGAUAAGAGGUAGUACAGCAACGGACAGUCGUCGCUACAAGACGUCUCACGAUCAAGUAUCCUCGUGGCAUGAUAAUAUAUUCUUACGAAAAAAUCAUAAGAUUGUGCAAAAUUUCAAGCAUUAAGGACUACGAAACGAAGAUGGCAUAUGGGAAAUUGCACGUACUACCAUUGAUUCUCUUUAUCUUAAUCCCCGUGACAUUUGUGAUUACAUACACCAUAUCGGUGCAAUGGGAUCAUGUGGUGCCUGGAUUCCCUUAUAUAUCAGAGACCGGCACAUUGUCACCAGAAUCUUGCAUAUUUGCGCAAUGCCUGAAUGUCGCGGCUUUUUUACUCGGAUGUUGCGUUUACAUCAGGCAUCGACAAGUACAGCAAUGGCAGAUAGAAAAAGGCCGCGAUCUCGUAGAUAAAAAAGUUAUCAUAGCGACAACAUCCUGUGGUAUCCUCGCUUGCUUCGGUCUCGAUAUACUCGCUAAUUUUCAAGAAGCUCGCGUAGUUGCUGCUCACAUGGUGGGAGCAAUGACUUUCUUCUCUGCCGGCACUCUCUAUUUCUGUCUUCAGACAUAUCUGAGUUACAAAAUGGUACCUUCUGUGAACGGCAUAAUUGUUGUUUAUGUGCGUGCAAUUCUCUCAGCUCUCACAUUGAUAUUGACAAUUGCUACGAUCAUUCCUGGCUAUAUCUCGAUGUUCGAAUUCCAAGGUAACGAUUACAAAAAAUGGCUGCCAACGGAUGGUGGUUGGGGCUGGCAUGUUGCGAGUACUAUAUGCGAAUGGAUUCUCGCGAUUGUCUAUUGCGCGUUUCUCCUUACUUUUGUUCCGGAAUUUCGAUUAAUUAAUUUUGAAGAGCCCGUAGUCACGGUAUCUUGA